AUGGAUAAUGGAGACUUGAGCGGUGUUGUUUUUCUUGAUAUUCGGAAAGCGUUUGACUCAAUUAACCAUGAUAUUCUAUUGCGUAAAAUGAAAGAACAAUUUGGAGUUUCAAAUAUCGAAUUUAAAUGGUUUGAAUCCUACAUUUCUAAUAGGGAACAAGUGUGCUUUGUCAAUGGCACGAUGUCAACACCUAGAAAUCUCGUUUGUGGAGUCCCUCAAGGGUCUAUUUUAGGCCCACUUCUAUUCCUGCUUUAUAUUAAUGAUCUCCCAAAUAAUCUCAAGAAUACAAUCCCGUGCGUAUAUGCUGAUGAUACACAGAUUUUUUCAUCUGCUAAUGACUAUCAGCACCUUGUCUUCAAUUUGAACAGUGACUUGAAUAACAUAAGUCAAUGGCUCAAACAAAACAAAUUGCAACACCAUUCAUCCAAAACUAAAUUAAU